AGUGCAACUACAGUCGCCACCGGACGUGGACUCAGUUGCUUCAUCAGUUUCCAAACGUAAUUGGUAAUCCGUAAUCCGUAAUCCGUGAGUGACAUCACCAUGAGGUCAUCGUGUCAGCUUCUGGCUUUAAGUGUUCUGCUGGCCAUCUGUUCUCUGGGCCAGGGACAAUUCAAGACAUCUGGCAUCAAGACACGCCAGCCGGCAUCGGGAAACCUCCAGCUUUCCACAAAUGGUAAUGGCUACAAUCAAACCAAUUUUGGCUGGAGCAGUUACAACCAGAGCAACUAUUCCUGGAGCAAACAGAACCAGAGCAACUAUUCCUGGAACAAUGAGAACCAGGGCAACUACGGCUGGAGCAACCAAAACCAAGUUAACCAGGGUUCCAGUGGAUCUGUGCCGGCCGAAACCUACCAACCGGCCACUUUGCCUCCACUUUAUGGACACUACGUACAGGCGGUGACUCCACCAAUUCACCGGCAACCUCAAGUCCUCGAUGAAACGGCCCUGUUCAUCAAUAAAACCCGAUCUGCGAUGGCCAGCGGUGUGUGCUUCAAGGAAGUUCCAACCGCUUCCCUUCUGCGAAACUCGCGGGAUCAUUUUGUGGGCAACGGAACCACUCCGGACAUGAGUCGCAUCGAGGUCUGUUGCGAGGGAUACGAGCGCAACCCGCACAUCUACCGCAGAUGCGAACCGAUCUGCUCCGAUGACUGUCCCAAUGGAAUCUGCACGGCGCCCAACACCUGUGUCUGCAUCCCCGGCCACGUUCGCACCUCCGAGGGCAAGUGCAUCUCCACCUGUCCCCUGGGAUGUGGCAAUGGGGCUUGCAACGACAAGAACGAGUGCCUUUGCCGCGAAGGUUACACUUUGGAGCCCACGAGUGGCAAGUACUGCCAGCCGAAGUGCAACCCCGGCUGCACCUUCGGCAAGUGCGUGGCGCCCAACAAGUGCGCCUGUCUCGAAGGAUACCGCCUGGCCGCCGACGGAUCCUGCGAACCGGUCUGCGACAGCUGCGAGAACGGCAAGUGCACCGCUCCGGGUCACUGCACCUGCAACGGCGGAUACCUCAAGCUGCAAGGUCGCUGCGAGCCCAUCUGCUCCGUCCCCUGCAAGAACGGCCGUUGCAUUGCCCCGGACGUUUGUGAGUGCACUUCCGGCUUCGAGUGGGACCGGAAGUCGUCGGAGUGUGUGCCAAAGUGCGACCUGCCCUGCUUGAACGGCGUCUGCGUGGGCAACAACCAGUGCGAAUGCCGGACAGGAUACGUGAAGGACGAACACCAGCGCAACAUCUGCCAGCCCCACUGCGCCCAAGGAUGCCAGAAUGGAUUCUGCAGUGCCCCCAACUUCUGCAUCUGCAAGCCGGGAUUCAUCAAGAGCGGCAUUAAGGGACGCCAGACGUGCCAGGCCGUCUAAUUUCGACCUAAAAUCUUUAUUGUUUCUUCUUAGACCAAAUUGAAUAAACGCCCGAUCAGGGCAUUAAACUCGUAA